AUGGAGGCAAGCUUCAAGAGGAACACAAAGCCAAGGCUAGACGACCAUCCGGGGGCGACGGCGGCCAGCCUCUUCACCGAUGACCUUAUCCUGGAGAUCCUCUCCCGCCUCCCCGCCAGGUCCGUCCACCGCUUCAAGUGCGUCUCCGUGCCAUGGCGCGACCUCAUCGCCGACCCCGCCAACCGCAACAAGCUGCCCCAGAUCCUUGUUGGCUUCCUCUACAUGACCGUCAGCGACAACGGGGGCGGCCACCACUUCGCCAGCGUCUCCAGCGACGGCGCAGCAGCCCCGUUUGAUCCCUCCCUCCCUUACCUGCACGACUAUGACAAGGACGAGGGAAUCAUCCAGGUGAAUUCCUGCGAUGGCCUCCUUCUCUACCGCCGCUAUAAGAAAAAUAACAGCGUGACCCCUUUGAUGAAAGAGGAUUAUUUCCGUUUUGUCGUGUCCAAUCCCAUCACCGGGAGGUGGGUGGAGCUGCCCCCGCUACCCCCUAAGCCGGCGGCCGACAGAAGUAGCCGUAUCACAAGCCUGGCUUUCAAUCCGGCCGUAUCAUCCGACUUCCACGUUCUUCACUUUGAGCAGACCUUUCAGGAAAAGUACAACACAGGAGUUAACAUUUACUCGUCGCGGACAGGAGCCUGGAGUCAUAGGGAUAAUGAGAUGGCUGAGAAAGUCAUGCUAUUCUUUCGGAGUAGAUGCAUCUUUGUUGGCGGCAUGCUCUACCUCAUGGGCAGCCUUGAACGCAACGACGGUCAGCAUCUGUUGUUGGGGGUGGACAUGGAAGGCAAAGUGUGGAAGACCAUCAGUCUGCCGUACGGCCGAAGGUUUGGUACGAUUGGAUCGUUGCAGGGGUGCUUACACUAUGUUAUAGCUUCCUUCGAUGAUAACAACCAAAUCUCUUGGUUAGAACUCUGGUGCCUUCAGGAUUGCGAUAGUAAAGAAUUGGUACUGAAGCAUACUGCCAGCUACAAUAAGCUUAUGAGCAUGACUCGGAAGGAGUACAUGCCGGUUGAGAUUCAUCCAGAUUGCGACACCAUUUUCCUGGUCUCAUGCCGAGGUGAUACCUUGGUAGCAUAUGAUAUGCGACAUCAGAAAGUUGGACAUAUUCUUAAUCUUGAGAAGAGCAACAUACAACAGUUUCUACCCUAUGUUCCUCUGUUCUCAGAGUCAUUAGCAGAUGCAGAUGGGCAAUAGUUUUUUUUUUACCUUUAAACCAAGUUCGUGCUUCCGUCAAGAAUUGGCUCUUCUGUUGGCUGAAGUAUUUGCAAGUGUACUUUGGAAUCUGCUUGAAACAUACGGCUCAAUUUGCUGGUGCUUAUACUUCUGCCUUCUUGAUUUCCAGUUUAUAGCAAAUACCUUGGUAAACCUACAGUCGUGGACGAUGCUCCUUAUUACUGGAAGGCAUGAAUAUGCUCCUUAUUACUGGAAGAAGCUCCCUCCUUUCCUUCCUUUGUGUUAGUAUAAUAGU